AAAAUAAAAUGCAUGACUAGAAACAGUAUACUAUUAGGUCCGCUCCCUAACCUGCCAUAGUAUUUAAAGAAGAAGAGUUAUUUCACAACACUGAACAAUGCCAAGAGGAGGACGAGGUGGACGUGGUAAGGUCAACCACAAAGGACAGCGACGUCACUUUUCAGAUGUUGAUGAAUUAAAGCAGCAGGAAGAAAAGUUGGCAAAGGAGAAAGCAUGGCGGAGGCAGCACGGCAUUGAAAGUGAUGAAGAGACUGAAGAUGCUGCUGCAACUGAGGAGAAAGCCAAGAAAGAAACUGGAACACCCGGGGAAUUACCCCCUUCCGGUUCAGACUCGGAAGAGAGCUCAGAUGAUGAGGUGGCCAGACCUAAAGGCGUGGAGCACUUAAUAGAAAUUGAGAACCCCAAUAGAGCAGCCAAGAAGUCAUCACGGAAAGUAACAGAGAUUAAUGCAGCAGAAGGUUCUGUGUUAACCAGAAGGGAAAGAGAGGAGCUAGAGAAACAGGAAGCGAAAAGACGCUAUCAGCAGUUACACAUAGAAGGUAAAACUGACGAAGCCAGAGCAGACUUAGCGAGAUUAGCUCUUAUUCGUAAGCAGAGAGAGGAGGCCGCAAAGAAGAGAGAAGAGGAGCGGUUAAUAGCAGAAAAGAAGGCGGCAGAGAAGAAAAAGACAUGACCUGAAUCCUGUCCUCUAGGAAUGCUGUACGAAGCUUGUACAUUGUGUUAUCUGAACUCUCAGUGGUGCCAGGCAAAUGGAAAAUCUUUUUCACUCUUUAUUGACUGUAGGCCAUUCCCGUACAACAUGGAGUUGGGAAGAAUGACAUGUUGGAAAAACGCAAUACAAACAAAGAUCAUAAAUCUGUUACAUAGCUUUGAAUUCCUUCAUUACAAAGCUGUGGGUAUUUGCUCAGAGCCAAUGUGCAUUAUAUUAAUGUAAUCUAAAGUGGUAAAGAAACAAUGUGAAAUUUAAAGUGUUUUUCCAGCUUGCCUGUUAUUUUUGAAAGUUAGAAAUGAAAUCUUUAUGAUUGAAGUUAAUUCUAAUUGUUCCUCUUCUAACUCCCAAUAGUACUAUUAUUAGUGUUUUUAAAAAAAUCCUUUUUUAUUUUCUUUUUUUGCAUUCUUCUCUUUUGUUAAUGAAAAUUUGAAUCCAUUGGCUUUAGAUGUCUCUUAAAAUGGCACUUAUAAUGCAGCUUUCAAUGAUUCUAUACUUUUGAGUUUCCAUUUUCUUUAUGGAUUAAAUUAAUAUCAAAUACCAAAUAGAUUAGUCUGCAAACAAAAAUUGUAGACAUCUUUUUGUAAUUGUUAUUAGAUGUUAAACAUGAUAUUGAUAAUUUUGCUGUGUUAUUUAAAGGUUAAAUUUAUAAUAAAAUGAUUAACUAUGAGCUAUAUGGUUUAAAUUAUUUUACUCCAUACUUUGUAUUCCCAGUAUCAGGUGAAAAAUGUUAUUCUGACACAUAAGUGUCACAUAAAGAAUCUUAUAAAAUAUCAACACUUAAAUACUCCGAACAGCAGUCUGAAAAAAAAAUCACACAUAUUAUGUAACCACUCAAAGGGUCAUUUUUCCUUUCAGCCAAAAGCAAUUUUAAUGCAGGAUUUUCAAUCAUUUUUAUUAACUUAUAAUAGUUGUUACUGGAAAUAAAAACAUAUAUGUCAUCUCCUGAUAUUUGCUCCAACUUUUUUUUUCCUUCGUCUGAUUUUAACUUUUCUUUAUUAUAAGGUUAACCUUUAAACACAAGAAGUAAUAAGAGGUCUUUUAUGUGUACUUUCCCAGAAAAGGAUAUACAUGUACCAUAAUACUGCCAUUAAUAUACAGGAUAGGAAUCGAUGAUUGGUCUCGAAGAAAACCGACAGAUUAAUGUUGACCUUUUACACCUCAAGUGGACCUCUAAAUUUGGCUGUUUAAAAGACUAUGCUUUUUUUUAAAAAUUACAAUCUCUAAAGAAAAUAGAUAUAUAGAGAACAAUUUUUUUUACACAUUUUUCAUGUGUAUUCAUUAUACAGUGUAAUAACAAUAUUGAGGAAGUGGCAAACAUUUUUAGUUUUGAUAAUUACGUUGAUUAAAACUUAGCAAUGUGAGAAUGUAUGGAUAAAUGUUGAACAGCAUCCCAGCAGAAAUGAAAUGGGAUGAGGGUUAGUAGGAGAGCAAUUGAAAGGUUUUUUUAGUUUUUUUUCUAAAAAAAAAAAAAAAAAAUUUUUAUAUUAAAUUUUGCAAAAAUGUAAUGAAAUACAUCAGAAAAUGUUUUACUAAAGCAAAAUUAUACACACAAUCUGUAAUACUGUAAAUUAUUUUAAGUAUUUUUUGCUCAUUGAUUAAAAACAUCAGAUUUUUUCUCUCAUCUUUUAUGUCUUGAAUAUAGCUUCCUUUCACUUUGGCUGCAAAUAUGUUUUGGUGAUGAGACAAGUUCUUUUUAUUUCGAACUUCAAAGUAAAAAUGUUACAUUUGCAAUUGUUCAUGAUAAAGUACAAGAUCAGAAAAUAAGGGGUGAUUUCUUUCUUCAGGUAAUCCUACGUACGAUGGUGUACAUUAUAUACCACACUGGACUGUUUAUUAAUACCUGACACAUAGUGGCAACAUUUAUCAGCAUUAUUCAAGUUAUGUCUAGAUAUUUUAUGUGUUUUUUUCUCUUUAAUAGUCGUGGCUUUUUGUUCGUAAAAUGUUUCUUAUGUUUUGGUUACUAGAAAACAAAAUUAGUACAAUUGAAAUAAAAUAGCAUGGUACAGCUUAUGUAUUUUUUCCUUACCAAUAUAUUAACGGGUACUGGUUGCAUAUGUGUUAAGCACAGUGCAUUUAGCAUGUGUUUUCUUAAUUGCUGUAAUAACAGCCAAGUUUACCAGUAUAUGAUCAGUUGUUAUGUACUGGUCAGGUAGCAGAUAGUUAGAUUAAAUAAUUUGGGGCAUUUUAUAUAAAUAUAUUGUACCAAAUAGAAUUCAUAAUGACCUCUCUACAAACAUGGGUUAAUUUUUUUUAUUAAUACCUGAGGAAAAUUUAAAUUGUUGUGCAAUUUACCUGCAGUGCUUUACAUCAUUGUUACCUGUAUAGUGGUGAUAUCUUAUAAGUGGGUGCAAGGAGUUUGAAUAUAUGUCACAUGUGACACUAUUGCUUUUUGAGUCCUAAAACAUCAUGAUAAUGUAGCAUCGAGGUUACACACCACCAUUAAUUACUCCAUACAGUUAAAUACAAUUUCUAUAUCGGAAUACAUUCUGUACAACAUACAGCUAUAUCAAAAGGGUCAGGUGACUCGGGCUAGCUCUGACACUCGUCAAAUUCGCCAAUUUUGAAAGCAAUUUGCAAAUUUUAUUUUAGUUUGGCGAAAUAAUUUCAUGUAAUAAUUGACAUUUUUUAUAAAAUAACUGGCCAUUUUUUAAGUCUAAUAGACAAUUUGGUGAAUUGUUUUGCUCACCCAGAGCUAGCCCUGUGACUACUAGUUUAAGGAUUACUCUCCCCAACAUAUCAUAGGUUGACCACGAAACCUUUCAGUUAGCCAGCAUCAUGCCAGUGCACCAUCUCAUGUUGCUGUUAUACAAGUGACAGUAUACCACUCGCACAGUUAUUAAUCAGUACUAAAUAUAACAAGUAACUUCAAACCAGUGGGUUAUUUAAAUACUACAGAGGUCAACCUACUUUUGAUCAUCAAAGCAAGAUUCCAAAAAGGCAUACCAGAAUUUAUUUUUAUUUUUAUGAGGAACUGUUUCCCAAACCUGACUAUAUUAUGCUGCUAUGAGUAACGACAUGACUAAUUGUGGUGUAGUGUCUCAGUGUACACACACAACUUGAAAAGUGCUUUAACUUCAUGGUCAUGAUUAAAAAAGUGCUUUAAUUUUUAUAUUUAUUUAUGCUAUGCUUAAAAAGUGCUUACAUUUUUAUGUAUAAAAUGCUUUAAUUUUAUACAAACCUUAAAUUUAGAAUUCAUACUACAAAAAUGAAAUGGGUUAUGUCAUUUUUGGGGUAUAACUCACAAAUGUUUAAGCUAAAUUUCUUUUCAUACAUAAAUAUCCAUAAAAGAGAAAAUGAUUCAAGUUUUUUUCAGCCUGCAAUUGGUAAUGUUGUAGUUGACAAAUUGUUGGAAAUUUGCUUCAUCAUUAUAUUUAUAAAAAGAAAAAGCCCUUUACCUAUAUGAACCCUAUGGAUAUAAAAUUAGGUCACUGUGGCAUAUAUUGUUACCCUGAUGAGUCACCCUCACCAACUUUACCCCCUCUGUCAUACAAAUUGUUUCUCUUUAAUAGUGCAUUCCUACAUGAUUAUUAUGUAGUUCCUUGUUUUUCAACUUCCAUGUGCUAUUUCAAGAUUGAAUGAAAAAACAAUUGUAAUGCUAUUUUUUUAGCUAUUUAUUAGCUGGUGCAGAACUACAAAUUAAUUGUCAAUAUCUAAUAUCUUAUUUUAGCUAUAUGUGAAUUUGUGAGUUAUUUACGGAAACAAAAGAAAUUCAGUAAACUAACUGCUUGCCUUGAUGUUUUGAAAUAUUGAACAGGCCAUAAUAAAAUAAAUUAUAGAAAUUUUAUCAAAUUUUUUCAAAAUAGGUGGGUGGGAGAUAUUUUAUCAGGACAUUGGAAAUGCUGCACAUUGAACAUUGUAUAUGUUUAUAAAGGACAAAAACCUAUGAGUGGGUGGAAAAUAAAUGUUGCAGGUCUUUAUCCUAAGGAUUAGCAGUGAGAAAAAAUUCUAGGAUUUAUUUUAUUAUAGCCUUGUGCAAACCUUUUUUUUUUUUUUCAGUUGACUAUUUAUUUAAAAAAAUAUUUGUUAUUUAUUGAUCUUAUUAAUUGUAUUAUGUUAUUCCUUUGGCAGAACUUUCCAAGCCACACUAAAUGGGCUUAUGGAGCUACAUUUGGACAACAUGAUGUAAUAUUUCUAAGUUGUUUGGAAAUAUAAAAUAGUAAGUUACAUGCAAUGCAGUGUCUCGAGUCUUGUUAUCUUGUACCAACAUUAAGAUAAAAUAUGCAAAUCUUUUGUUUAUAAAGAUAUAGCAAAUGAAA